AUGCAAGCAUCCUCACAAAGGAGAAAUCAUUCCAUUUCUCAUCAUCAGGAAGACAACCUUGAAUUGGAACAACACACAACAUCAUCGGAGGAAGAGGAAGAAAUUUAUUCCACCAAUCCAAAUGAUAACUUUUCUCAAUUUUCAAAUAAUCGGAGAAGCAAUCCCGAAUCAAAAUCUUUAUGGAAAAUAUUUUGGUAUAUUUGUGUGAGUUUGUUUGGAAGUUAUAUUAUUUUCGGAUCUAGAUUUUCUCCCAUUAGAUAUUUAAUAGAAAAAAUAUUUUAUAAAAGAACAUCCAGAGAAGAAACAAACUCUAUGAAUUUUUCUUCUGCAAAGGACAAUAGUUCUUCUUCAUUCUUUGAUCGAUUAUUUACAAGUCCAUUUUUGGAUGAUGAUGAAAGAGUGAGAUUACGACCUGUUGCAGUAAACACGUUUGUUCACGUAUUUCCAACUCAUCAGAAUGAGGAUGGAGUGUUUGUUAAAGUGUUUAUUGAAAACUCAUCAGAGCUAGCCACAGAAAAUGUUUAA